CAUGCUUGAGACGCCGCCUUCUUUGUGAUGGUGCCAGCCUUCGGCACAGAGCCCAUGAGGAACCCGACCUCCCGCCUUGCCCGCCUCGCUGCGUCGGAGAGGACCCCAUUCCCUCCCGCCGACGGCGAGCCAGACCGCAAGACCUCGACAUGGUCAGCAGCUGAGGACGGCAUUCUGCUCGCGGCCGUGGCCACCCUGGGCACCAACUGGGCAGAGGUGGCGGCCAACGUCCACGGCCGCACGGCAGACGCCGCUCGCAACCGGUGGCACAGGCUGAGGGGCGACGAGGCUGGCGCGAGCCCAUCCCCACCCGGUGCCGUCCGCCAGCACCCACGGCUACACUGGAGCGAGCAGGAGGACCGAAUCAUCCGGGAGGGCUUCGCGCGCUACGGGGCAAAGUGGCGCCAGAUCUCGGCGCUGCUGCCCGGCAACCGGACGGAUAGCGCAGUCCGCAACCGCUGGGCCCGGCUGCAAGGGUCCUCGAGCGAGGUGGAUGGCGGGGUGGAUGGGGCCGCGCUCGGCGGCAGGCCCCGCCAGGACGAGGCGGCGUGGGGGCUGCGGCCACCGCUCAAGCGAGGCUGGUCGAUGGAGUCGCAAAGCACGGUGCUCGACGCCUGCGAGAGGAGGAGCGAGGACGACGAGGCAGACGGCUCCCCGCCGCCGCCUGCGCCGCCCGGCGCUCGCUCGGAGCCGGCGCCGCGCAGGAGCGUCUGCCCUGCCCCGCCCCCCGUCGCCGUCCUCGAUGCCUCUCGUCUGGUGUCCCAGCCCCCCUCGAGCGGCGCGCCGUGCCCGCUCUCUCCGCCCAGCACGUCGUCGCUCUCGUCGUCGCUCGACGACUGCGCGACCGCCUCCAUCCUCGUCCAGCUCGGGCUCCAACAGUGAGUCGCUCACUGUCAGCCGGACUGCACUCUCGGAGUAAUCGGCCUGCGCACACUCUCCCUCAGACAUUUGCCACUGAGUUGUUGUUAGACCUGUGUGCUCUCUCGAGCCGUCGCGCUCAGUCUCUCUGGGGGGGAGUCCGGGAGACCCACGCCGUCGCCGAUGGCGAUGCUCAGGCAACACAGGUGUUACGGUGCCGACCGUCAUACAUGCGUAUAUACCGUACAUC